GGGUUUAGGGUUUAGGAUUUAGGGUUUAGGGUUUAGAGUUUGUAUUUAGGGUUUAUGGUUUGAGUUUAGGGUCUAGAAUUUAAAUUUAGAUUUAGGAUUUAUGGUAUAUAGUUUGGGUUUAGGAUAUAGGUUUGGGUUUAGUGUUUAGGGUUUGGUUUAAAAUUUAAGAUCUAAGAUUUGAGUUUAGGGUUCGAAUUUAGAAUUUAUGAUUUAAAGUAUAUUUUUUUUGUAAUUUAUAAUUUAUUUAUUUAUGUGAUAUUAAUAUUUAUGACAAUAUGAUUGAAAUAAGGAAAGAGGUGAAUUCAUAAGUUCACCCUAGGGGUGAACCUAAGUAUUGUUCAUAAAAAAGAACUUGUUUUAAAGGACGGGCGUCGAGUACAUGUGAUAGAAAGAGACAUGAGAGAGCCAGUGAGAAUGAUGGGUGAGUUCAUGCAGCCAGGAGGACGGCUCUUGCUUUCUAAGCUCGGUCUUCAGGAUUGUUUAGAGGGAAUAGACGCACAGAAAUCCACCGGCAUAGCUCUUUUUAAGGACGGAAAAGAAACAGUCGCAUCUUAUCCGGUGGACACCAACUUUCCUUAUGAACCAUCUGGUCGUUUUUUUCAAAAUGGCCGUUUUGUCCAGAGACUGCGCCAAAAGGCCUCUUCUCUUCCAAAUGUGCGGCUGGAAGAAGGGACCGUGAGAUCUUUGAUAGAAGAAAAAGGAGUGGUCAAAGGAGUGACAUACAAGAACAGUUCAGGGGAAGAAACCACAGCAUUUGCACCUCUCACUGUGGCGGAGGUUACGGCGUACGAAAUUGGUUACAUCUCGAGGAAUUGUCGCCUUGGACAGCCCGACAAGUUACACUUGAUAAUGGCUAAACCGUCCUUCGCCAUGUUGUAUCAAGUCAGCAGCACCGACGUUCGUUGUAAUUUUGAGCUUCUCUCAAAUAAUCUUCCGUCUGUUUCUAAUGGUGAAAUGGCGUCCUUCGUGAAGAACUCUAUUGCUCCCCAGGUACCUCUAAAAUUCCGCAAAACAUUUUUGAAAGGGCUCGAUGAGGGAUCACAUAUAAAAAUUACACAAGCAAAACGCAUGCCAGCUACUUUAAGCAGAAAAAAGGGAGUGAUUGUGUUGGGAGAUGCAUUCAACAUGCGUCAUCCAGUAAUUGCAUCAGGGAUGAUGGUUUUAUUAUCUGACAUUCUCAUUCUAAGCCGUCUUCUCAAGCCUUUGGACAGCCUCGGUGAUGAAAACAAAGUCUCAGAAGUUAUGAAGUCCUUCUAUGUUCUACGCAAGCCAAUGUCAGCAACAGUAAACACAUUAGGGAAUUCAUUUUGGCAAGUGCUAAUUGCAUCAACGGACGAAGCAAAAGAAGCGAUGCGACAAGGCUGCUUUGAUUACCUAUCUAGUGGUGGGUUUCGCACGUCAGGCUUGAUGGCUGUGUUUGGUGGCAUGAACCCUAGGCCACUUUCUCUCAUCUAUCAUCUAUCCGUUAUUACUUUAUCCUCCAUCGGCCAACUGCUCUCUCCGUUCCCAACUCCUCUUCGUGUUUGGCAUAGCCUCAGACUUUUUGGUUUGUCUUUGGAAUUGUUGGUUCCUCAUCUCAAGGCUGAAGGAAUAGGUCAAAUGUUGUCUCCAACAAAUGCAGCGGCAUAUCGCAAAAGCUAUAUGGCUACAACCGUUGUCUAAACAUUGAUGAAAACCACGAUAUAUAGAUGGUGCACAAAUCUUUGCGAUUGUGGAUUUGUUAAAUAGUAUUGCAAUAUGUUACUGAAGAAACCUUUCCGUAUCUACUUGUAAACGGAAAUAGGAAGAAUAUGCAUGGGGUGACAAUUAUUUUGAAUAAAACAAUAAAGAAAAUAAUAA